AUGACCGCUAUCGUCUACCUCAUUCCGUUUAUAUUCGUCUCAACCUAUGCUCAAGAACGACUCAAAGACAUACCACUAUCACCUGACUACUGCAAAAAUGGAGGUGUCUUCGUUAAUGGUGAAUGUGUUUGCACACUUCGUUAUGAAGGAAAGCAAUGCGAACAGGAGAGAUGCUUAAACGGAGGUCGUCGCCAUAAAGCAAAUGGCCAGGGUGAAUGCGUAUGCACACUUCGCUAUGAAGGAAAGCAAUGCGAACAGGAGAGAUGCCUUAACGGAGGUCGUCGCCAUAAAGCAAAUGGCCAGGUUCGAUGUCAUUGUCCUUUUGGGCUUUCUGGUGAUCGCUGUGAGAAGGUCACAUAUUGCGAGCCAGGAAAAGGUUAA